AUGGAGGAAAGCUCAUACUCAGAGGUUCCUGUGGAAUUUUCCAGAAAGCAGAGGCUAUGUUGCUGCAGGGGGGUGAAGUUGGCACUCCUGGGGCUAUUGAUGGCUGCACUCUGGGCCGGACUGCUGACUCUGCUUCUCCUGUGGCAUUGGGAUACCACAAAGGAGCUGAAGCAGCUGGGAGAAAAGGCUGCCCAAAAUGUUUCCCAGGUUUCCCAUGAACUGGCGAAGCACAAGGGCCAGCAGAUAACCCAAGAGUCCCAGGCUGCCCAGAUGAUGCAGGAUUUGGAAACAAUUCUAGAGGAACAGAAGACGAUGAAAUAUAAAGAAUCUGAGUUCUCCAAGAACCUGGACGUGGUCCUAGAGGAUCUGAGCAGCCUCAAGUCCCGGGCCUUGAACACGAUGCACAGCGUCUGGAGUCGCCUAGAGAAGCUCCAGAAGGAGGUGUCGAAGCUGUGGAUCGAGCUGCGUGUGGCCAAUGGCUCCCAGUGCAACACGUGCCCCCAAGAUUGGGUCAACUUCCAGCGGAAGUGUUACUACUUUGGCAGAGGUUCUAAGAGAUGGCUGGAGUCGUGGAAGGCCUGCCAGCAGCUGAAUGGAAAGCUGGUCAGCAUCCACAGCCAGGAGGAGCAGGAUUUCCUUACCAAUCACACCAGCAAACUAGAGUCCUGGAUUGGCCUCCGGGACCUGGAGUUGGAGGGAGAGUUUAUCUGGAUUGACCAGGAGCCCCUCAACUACAGUAAUUGGGAUCACGGAGAGCCCAACAACCGAAUGCCCAGUGAGGACUGUGUGAUGAUGCGAGGCUCAGGAAAGUGGAAUGAUGCCUACUGCCUCAGACGGCUGGACAGCUGGGUGUGUGAACUCCUCGUCACCUGCUGA